AUGAUGGAACUUAUGGGCAUCACCAUUGGUACUGAAGCUCAUUCAUUUGCUAUCAGACGUAACGAAAUUCGGAUUGAGCGCUCUGAGCUGCGAGCUUCUGCUGCUUCCAAAGAAGGCAGAACAGCUCGAUUAGCUGAAAGGACUUCGCAAAACAUCGAAUAUGAAGUAGAAGAAGGCCCAAUAUCACUACAAGAGCUGGAAUCAUGUCAACCAGGGUGCACCUUUGAAAAAUGCCUAAAAUUUACGCUUCUAGACCAGAAUACCCCCUUAAGACAAUACAGCAAACUAAACGUACGAUCAUUCACUGGUCGUAGCAAAUAUCUAACUUACUAA